AUGGAUCGAAACCGCCGUCCACCAUCCCAGUUGUUCCCUGUCGACUUCAGAGAAGAGGGCGCCUUGAGUGUUUACCAAGGUCAUCGCCGUUUCCCAUCGCUCUGCCCCCUUCCCUCAAGUGCCGCCCCAACCGAAAGUGACCAUGUCAUUCAGGGGCACGCCCCAGAGCGCUCCCAAGCACCGCCUGUCGUCCCUGUCCAAGCUGUCGCUCAAGGACCGGUCGGCGACUCUCGCUCACAUUUGGCAACUGCACAACUCACACCGGUUCCGACUGCGCCUCAGCCUGCAGAUGCUCCACCUCAGCCUUCUUCCGCGGAAACCUAUCACGCAUCGCAUGCUCAACCUCUGGCAGCACCGGGCAUCGCUCAGCAUCCGAUCGUCCGACGAUCACCUUCGCCGGUACUAUACACGUCUCGCCCGCUAUCAUCGCCCCACGACUUUCCAGACUUCCACCCGCACCCGGACUCUGUAUCGCCUCCAUCGGCUUCUUCUCUCGCGAGUCAAGCGAUAGAUCUUUAUGCACCCUUUUCUAUGUUGCAAUGGCAGCCGGGCUACACACCAGGCGCCCCAGUGCGAAGACGCCGACAAAGAAUCCCUGCUGUCUCACUGAAUCAAGUCGAGGAUCACUCCGUCAAUCCUGGGCCAUGCCAAUCGGGCAGCGCCGUGCAACAGACCCCAACAUCUGCAACAAGGUCUCAUGUAAAAGUGGCAUGUUCGAAUUGCAAUAAAGCGGGCAAGCGAUGCGAUGACGCGCGGCCCUGUGGACGAUGUGUGGCGACUGGUAGAGACGAGUCCUGCGUGAGCAAUGUCCACAAAGCGCGCCCGAAAGGUUAUAAGAGAGGUCCAUACAAGAAGUAUAAAGACCCGCACACUAUGACAUAUGAUGAACUCGUCGAGUUCAUCGAGGAACGCAAAGCUGACGAAGCGAAGAAAGCCGCGCUUGACGCCAAGCGCGCGGCGCGUGAGGCCAAACGCGCGCAGCUUGAGGCCGAAAAGGCGAAGAAGAGCACGCCAGCGAGAGGUCAGUAG